UGAAAAGUCUCCAAUAAAAAGACAUCACAGAUCAAACUUUAUUAUCCUAAAACAAACAUACAAGUUAAAGACAAAAUAAUAAUUCAUGUUUCUGAAUCGUUGACCACCACAAAAAAUUUCAGGUUCAAAACCAGCACUCACAAUACAAUAUUGGACAAGCAAAACCAUCACUCACAAUACUGAUAUAUAAUGUGCUUCUUGCUAGUUAACAAUUACAUGUAAUGUAAUUGUGUUGAGUGCUGUGUUUAGGAUGAAGAAAGUAGAAGUGGUGUUUAUCCCUUCUCCAGGUGUGGGACAUCUAGCAUCCACCCUUGAGUUCGCUAAGCUUCUUAUCAACCGUGAUAACCGUCUCAGUAUAACCGUCUUGGUCAUCAAGUUUCCAAACACUGAUGAACAAGUACGAGCCCUUUCGUCCUCCUUCGAUUUAGAAAAUCUCCAUGUCAUUAACCUCCCUGAAUGUACUCAUGUUUCCUCCACUACUGAUGGAAGUUACUCUGCCGGUGCUCUCGCUGAAACCCAAAAACCAAACGUUAAAGAAGUUGUUGCCAAAAUCAAUGGACAACUUGCUGCUUUCGUUGUUGACAUGUUUUGUACCACCAUGAUUGAUGUUGCCAACGACUUUGGUGUCCCGUCCCUUCUCUACUUCACUUCUGGUAUUGCUUACCUUGGUUUGGUGCUUCAUCUUCACAGACUUAUCGAAAACAACUUAGAAGCGACUCGAUUGUUGUUGCAGCAGGACGAGUUGGACAUCCCGAGUUUCUCAAAUCCAGUUCCUACAAACACAUUGCCCACUGUGGUGCUCCGCAAGAAGUGGGAAUCAGCUUUCAUCAAUCAUGGCAGAGGACUCAAGAAAGCUAGUGGUUUUAUAGUAAACUCGUUUCAUGAGCUAGAACCACAUGCGGCUCACUCAUUCUUGGAAGACCCGGGUCUACGUAGUAUACCCAUAUAUCCGGUGGGCCCCAUAUUAAACCUUGAGACCAAACCCAAGCCUAAUGGUAUUGUUGAUUCUAAUGACACAAUUAAGUGGCUCGAUGAUCAACCUCAAUCUUCAGUAAUUUUCAUCUGCUUUGGGAGCAUGGGUGCUUUUGAUGAGGAUCAGGUUAGGGAGAUUGCAUGUGCUAUUGAGAAAAGUAGAGCCCGCUUCCUGUGGUCCAUGCGGAAACCUCCGCCAAAGGGAACCAUGGGUCUGGUGUCUGAUUAUCCUUUUUCUGAUUUGGUCGCAGUUUUACCUGAAGGGUUCUUAGACCGAACAGUAGAGAUUGGAAAGGUCAUUGGAUGGGCACCUCAGGUCCAAGUACUCGCCCAUCCAGCCACUGGAGGCUUCAUUUCGCACUGCGGUUGGAAUUCGACUCUUGAAAGCAUAUAUUAUGGUGUGCCUAUUGCCACAUGGCCACUCUUAGCUGAGCAACAGACCAAUGCUUUUGAGCUCGUGCGGGAGCUGAAGAUGGGUGUGGAGAUUGCCUUGGAUUAUAGGAUGGAGUAUGAUGUUGGACCUGACUAUCUUUUGACUGCAGACAAAAUUGAGAGAGGAAUAAGAAGUGUGAUGAAUAAGAAUGGAGAGAUAAGGAAGAAAGUAAAAGAAAUGAGUGAACAAAGUAGGAAGACAUUGUUAGAGGGUGGAUCUUCCUACACUUGUUUAAGUCAUUUGAUUGAUUAUAUUAUUAAUCAAGUGUAAAACUAUGCACCUGACUACAUACAAAAUGGUUGGAGGGUAAUAGUUGAAUUACUAAAUAAAUCUACUCAGCUUGACUUCACUUCAUAGAAAAGAGGCGUGUUUUACAAAAUUGUGUACAAAAAUUACAAUUAAUUGAGAAAUCCAAAAAUUCCAAAUACAAUAGUCUCAGAAUUUGGGUUGGGUCUUAACUUAUUCCUACAAAAUUGUCUUUGUAAAAAGAGAAUUUCCCUCAUUUAUAAACACAACACGGAUUAUAUCUUUAAGCAGUGUGGGAUUAAAUUCACCCCUUCAAACCCAAUAUAAUGAAUGUGAUGGAGGCUGCAGUGAAGGCAAGUCAAAUGCCACAAUUAAGACGACUAAGGACAGACUGCAAUGAAGGCGGAAAUUCCAACACACUAUCUCACGUUCGGGCCUCAAUGAACACAGAGCGUGGACGACGCAGGAAGCCCAACAACGGGUCUAGGAUACGCUAUGAUACCAUCUUAGAAUUUAUGUUGGGCAUAACUCAUUCUUACAAAACCGACUUCUAGGAUGAGGGUGUCACUCAAUAUAGGCUUUGUUUGGUAAAAAUAGCGGUCGAUGGCUUAUA